CGCUGUAACCAACUUUCUCCGACACAAUGCCUCGAAAGAAGGAAAAGAAAAGCGUCGAGAAACAAAAUGAAAUCAAGAAAACACAGAAAAAAGAAAGUUCAGCAUCUCCUGUGGAUAACACCGGCUGGGAAGGCAAAGAGAAUGAAUUAUAUUUGAUUCAAAUACGAUAUUUGAACGAGCAAUUGGAGAGAUAUCAGCUGAAAUGUGACCAACUAGAAAUGCAGAAGAAGGACCUACACUCUCAGUACAGUGUGCUGGAGAAAGAGAAGAAGGAUAUUGUUGAGUAUCUAAAACGCUCCCUACUGGAAAAGGAGGACGAGAUGGACGAGCUGACGGAACGCAUAGGGAGUCAGCAGCAGGAUGCCGAUAAGGACAGAGAUGCCCGGCAGCUGCAGCACAAUCAGCUGAGACAAGAGCUUCAAGGCCGGAUUGAAGAAGUCACCUCAGAAAACACAACACUUGCUGUGAGACUGGCAAGUCUGGAGGAGUUUCAGAAGCAGAGGGAGCAGCUGAUGUCCAACAUGGAGUCUCUGGAGAAGCAGCUGGCUAGUCAGAAGGAGGAAUACAAAGCUGCCAUCCACAGCCUGGAGAUGAAAGCCCUGCUGGAGAAUAAAAGGUUAGAGAAGGAGAUGGAGAACCAUGUGGCUGCCAUGGAGGCAGAGGUGCAUCACCUGGUCGACCAGAAGGUCCCGGAGACGACCAGGUUGGCCCUUCAGGAGAACACGGAGGUUAAGACUCGGAUCAGUCAGCUGUCGGAGGAGACUCACGUCCUGAUGGAGGAGAACUCGGUCCUGCGGGACCGAAAGAGUCGGCUCAGUGUGGAUGUGGACAUUCUGGAGCAAAUGCUCAGCGAGACGUCCCGCAAGAGCUGCGUCCGCAAGAAGGUGGUGGAGCAGCUUACAGGAAAGUGUGAGCAGCUGCUGGCGGAGCUGAAAGACUGUAAGCGAGAACUCGAGCAGCUUCAGACCAAACACACAGGAGUCCUGGCUGAGAUGGAGGCACUCAGGUCAAUUGUUGUGUCUUCAGACAGGACCUGGGCCUCACUGUCCAAGCAGUGCAGUAAAAGCAGAGCAGAGGUGAGUCGGCUGGAGGCGGAGUUACUGGAGGAGAGGAGGAGGAGGAGCAGGAUGAAGAGAAUCAUGCAGGAAGCAGCCGUCGCUCUCAGACAGGCCCUGAUGGAUGCACCGACAGACCAGGACUCUGUCGUCCAGUGGAGGCAGCUGAUGGAGAAGCUGAUGGUGGUCUUGGACCGGCCAACACUCACCAAUGCCACCACUGAGACAGAGCAGCACACUUCUGACCCUGCUGCCGCCAGAGAAGCGAGCCUGAAUCCAGCUUCGAGUUUCCAGUUCGAGCUGGCCCGCUACAGGCCGGGCGAUCUCGGCCUCGUACCCCGGCCCACACCGAAACACAAACACAUACUCUCCAGGCCGGGAGCAGCUGGGUCCGGCAGCUCCCAUGUGCCUCUGCACAGGAAGCCCUCCAGUCAGAAAACAGACAGCGCCAGUAACCGGACUGGUUCAGCGGUCAGACUUUCGACCUGCAGAAACUCAUUCACUAAACCCAAAAACAUGUAACAAAAAUAAUUUCCUGUUUAUGUUUUGGAGAUAUGAAGGGUUUUCUCAAACAUGGAGGAUCCAGUCUGUUGAUAGUUUUACCUUCUGUCCUCACUCAGCAGACAGAAUAAGGACGCAACAGUGAAACUCCUGAGAGUAUUGAAUUGAUCAACGGUUUAUUUAAUUCAACUUUUCAUUAGUUUUUAGAGCACUUCUCUAAAUGUUGGACAUGAACCAUUUU